AUGGCAAACCUCGGUCGACUCCCCCCGGAGUUGAAGAUCGCCAUUGUCGAUGUCCUCUUCGACCAGGGUUCGCCAAGUCAAGAUUUCAAACACCGGGACACCGUCAUCAGUGCACUCGCGGCCCUCUCACUUGCCGAUCGCUUCUUCAACUUUGUUGCGGAACCGAAGCUCUACAACCUCGGGGUUUUGCGACAUCCCUACCUUCUUUGCUGGGCCACGGACGUUGGUUAUCUUAAUGUCAUGAGCAAGAUUCUAUCCGUUUCCAACUUUCACGCCAACGCCGGCGUUAUUCGCUACCGCCCUCAGGAUGGAUACAAGGAAUGGAAUCAAGACACCGAGCCCGCCAAGCAACGUUUUGAUCAGCAAUACCGAAGAGAUGGUGAGAUAUUUCAGCUUCGGUCUGAUUGGCUCAACAAGGGUGAUUUCGGCGAGUACCAAGACUUAAUCGCAGAUUACAUUGAUGACGAGCAGCAGGAGGAGGAGGAUGACGACGACGACGAUGAUGAUGAAGACGGUGUUGAUUGGGCUUUGUGGAAGAGAUUUGACGCCGAAGUAUUCGGAGUUGUCAGAUGGCUAGAUGACGACCUCGACUAUCUCGACAUCUUGAAAGAGCCAAAGGCCGUCUAUUGGUUUCCGGUUCACAUCGCCGCGCGACAAGGAAACUUUGAAGCCCUCGUUCUUCUUGUUGAGUCUGGAGCUCUUCUCAACAUCUCUUCAAAAGGCUUUUGUGUUCAUGCGUCGGAUCCGAAGAAUCAAAAUUGUCUCCACUUCCCCGACUGGACAGACGAUUUCGACCCGACUGUGAUGUAUCCGGCUUGGACACCUUACCACAUUGCCUUAUGCCACGGACACCAAGGGGUAGCUUACUUUAUUCUCGAAAUAUGCCCCCAUAUCAGCGAGCGACUCUUAUUCGAAGGAGACGGAAUCACUCGACCAAUUCCUAAGUUCAUCACAGCCAUGCGACACUCCUACCCAGAGUUUGCGGAGCUCUGUCUCGAGCGUGAGCUUGACGACAUUGAGAAGACUCACCCAGAUGUCUUCGACGGAACCCUUGUGUGGAGAGCCUUCUGGGAGUUGGAAAACUUCGAACUCGCUCUGGAGAUAUUGCUGCGUCAUGGGGCUGACCUGGAGCACGAUUUGGGAGAAGGACACACUCUACUCGUCGAAGCCUGCUAUCAUUGCCAUUACCGAGAAGCCCUCGCCCUAAUCGAAGCCGGAGCCCGUGCCGACAUCUUCCUCCAUGAACCUGGGCCCAAUACGAACCUGGAAGAAGCCAUGAGAGGGCGCAGUGAUCACUCCCUUAAUGCAAACAGCGUGCUCGACCUAUGUUGCAGGGUACAGCCGUUCUGGGUGGAGAAAGUUCCCGCCAGCCUUCCGUCUUCCGAUGCAGCCCUAGCGGUUGUCAGUCAUGUUAUCGAUUUUGGUGUCGACAAUGUCACUAAGAACACCGCUGUUCUCUUCUCUUCUUCAUUACAUCGGGUGGAUAUUCUCGAUUUCCUUCUCAAGUCGGGCGGCGAUCUUCACGAUCCUGAUGCCGACAGUUUGAGCGCGUUGACUCACGCGGCAAGCCGGAUUUCCGGAACACCGAGCCCUCAAGGGGAACUGGAGGCAUGGUCGGCAAGUUUGGUACCGACAAUCUCGAUCAUUUUGAACCACACAAAGAAAAUAGGGCGACAUUUGGAAGGCGGCGUGGAUGCAGCCGAAACGUUACUAGAGCCUUGUGUGCUUUUCCGAGGCGAUGAAACAAUCUUACCGUCGAUUACGGACGGGGUCCUCCUUUUAAUUUCAGAGGGCUUGGUGGAUGUCAACCAUUGCAUCAAAAGCGAAACGCUCAUCAUGAAAGCAAUGGGAAUGGGGUGCCACCGAUUUGCACGCGGUCUGCUUGAACGCGGUGCCCAUGUUGUGGUGGAUGUGGCGAACAAGCGUGACGAUUUAGCCAAGUUGUGGAGUAUGGCAUUCGAAAGCUGGCAUGCCGAUGACGAGCUCAACGACAAAAUGUAUCGGUUGCUCGUGGGUAUUGACUCGACUUGCCGCAUUCUCAAAGAGCCAUACUUUCUCGCGACCGCCAUAUCGUUGGGUGCGCGUACAGUCGUGGAGCAAAUGGAACCAAAUGCUCAGCUCAACAAGGACUGGGUGAACAUGAAAAGCGACCUCUACCACGUCAAGAACAUGAACAACAAAGUCAGCUACGAUGGCUGGAGCUUAAUUCACUUUGCUGCGCAUCACGGUCACCUCCAGAUUUGUCGACGCCUGGUCGCCAUGAAGGCUGCAAUUCAUGUCCCCGCAAGCGACGGGGAAACGCCAUUGAGCAUCGCCAUCAGAGCCGGAUGCAGGCAGAAGUCGAAAAGGUUCACACGUACGCCCGCGCCGUCCGCCGCGGAGCAGCACUCGAAAUCCAUUCUUGAGCUUCUCAUGGCAGGGAAGAGAAAGUUGGAUCCGGAUACAGCGGUUCAAUAUCGUCUAAUUGUAGAAAGGGCGAUCAACACUGGUGGACCGUGGGACGAAGCUCGAGCAAUCCUGGCCAUCUGUCCCAAGACAAGCAGCGGUGGCCCUCUGCUCCUUCACGCCUUCAUUCGCGAGUGCUUUAUCCACGCGAGGGGACAUGAUUGGUGGUCAGACCAGGACAUUAAUCGUGGCAGUGACAAUGUCAAUGCAAUUGACAAGAACGGAAACACGCCGCUGGCAUAUCUUCUCUUGCUCAUCAUUAACGCCAUGAAAAGCCGCGUCGAAUAUCCUUUUCUCGACAGUUGGGCCCCCGACAUGUUGACAACUCUCAUCAUGGCAGGGGCCAAGCCGAGCAUUCGGAAUUGCAAAGGACAGAGUGUGCUGGAACUGCUGGACAUUGUCAGGGAUUGGAAGAGUGGUCACUGGUGGGUUUCUGAGAAAUUGAGGACCAGCCUUCUCUAUCAGGUCAUGCUCUAUCGCCAGAGUAUUGGAAUGUGA